AUGCCCAAUCAAUCAUCUCAAACAAACAUCAAACUUGUCCCUGGAUACCUUCCAGUCGAAAUCGUAACUAUGAUUGUGAAAAUAUUCGCAGCCCAACCAGCGAUGACUCCCUCAGAUCCGAUGAACAGUGCCGCCGAACCAUUCAUUCACCCAUCUGAAACCAGAAAGCUUCUCAACUUGCGCUUGAUUUCUAAGAAUUGGGCUUUUGCUGUUAUCCCUUUUGUGUUCCAUUCAAUUCGUUUGACUUCAGCAAGAAGCGUCAACCUUUUACUCAGAGACUGGACAAAUUCCACCGUAAACUCAACAUCUCCUGUUAAGCGACUGUCCAUUGAAAACCUAUUUUGCAAUAUAUUGCAAUUUAGAAACUCAAAUAGAGAGACUCGAGCCGGACGAGCAGUAAAUCAAUCCGGAAGCCUGAAUCCGAGAUCCUCUUCUGUCUUCUUGUAUCAAGCGGCAGAAGUGAUUGAAUCAUUUGGGAAAAACUUGACUGAGUUGAACUUCAAGUUUAUUAACUCAGUGGGCUUUUCAUCCAACAUGAUAAAAGCCAUUAAAAAGAUCAAAUGUCUUAAGAAAUUGAAUAUUCAAAUGACUGAUGAUAUGCCAGAAGGAAGUAUGGCCGACAUGGCUUCGCUUUCUGAGUUAUUAAACGCUGCUCCGAACUUGGAAUCGUUAUCAAUUUACUUUACACAUCUCGGAACUUUGGUAUUAGAACCUCAAGCUUUAUCAAAAUUAAAACAUUUAUGGUUUUUAUACUCUAUUUAUAAUAUAAAUGCACUCCAUGAUUUCAUCGAAACUGUAAAAGAUAGUUUAAAAGUGAUCGAAUAUGUAUCAUAUAAUGGACAAGACCACGUAGGAAUGGCGAUCGAAGAAACUCAAGAAACCCUUCAAUGUCUUUUUAUAGAUGAACUUCCUGAAAACAUUCCAGAAGUUAUAUCUAAUGUCACAUUUCCAAAACUUAGCGUGAUGCGAAACAUUUUUUGGCCAUUGAAAGAUUUCAAUCUUGAUUGGCUUCUAUGGCCAAUCUUUUUGAAUGUUCGAACUUUGGUUACUGAUUAUACCAAUGCAAGGCCUUAUUGGAAUUUGGCUUUGGAAAAUCUAGGUGAAGAUGAUCUAAUUAAAUCACCUAAUUUUAAACACAUCGUUUUCACAGGUCUCCCGGAUAACAGUAUACCGGAUGAAGCAUUGAUCGGCGCUUUGGAACGUUUUGGUAUACAAUCUCAUUUUAUGCGUCAGUUGAAUUAUGAAGAAAUUUUGGAGUUAGACCUCGAGCUUAAUGGGCCAAUGGAAUGA